GUAUCUGUGAGGUGCGCCAUGUUGAUGGUCGCCGGCAUAUAAGAAUCAAGAUCAUUCGAGGGAGUGCAAAUAUUUAUCACACUUUCCUCUGAGGUCCUCCGAGCAGAGAGCAGAUCCUUCAAUAAGCUUUUAUGUGAGCGCGCCUGCAAGUCCAUGAAGUACUUAGCUCGCUCUACCUUUUUGGAGGACUCUUCCAAUCCUAGGAAUUCAGCCAGAUUUCUUGACUGCUCUGAAGAAUUCCUCAUAGUGUCACAGACGUCGACAAGUACAGAACUGACCUUGUGUUUUAGUUUAGUGAUGGAAAUCCAUAUGCUUAGCGAUAUAUGGAUGUAUUGCUUUCGAAGCUCAAAGAGUUGUUGGGCGUCUUCUCUGGCAGUUGGAGAUCAUCAAACUUUGGAGAGAAGACAGUCAAUUUUCUCGAAGUAAGCAGGGUCUACCAAAAGCAGGGAAAAUACUUUUUUGAUGAGAUCCCUCUAUGGCAACAGGACAACCAUUAUAUCAGAUCUGGCUAUGUGCGGGAAACCAACAGCUUUAAAGGUUGUUUUGAUUCCCUUUUCUUCCUACACAACGAGACAGUCAAUAUCUUCACGCAUCUGAUACCUGGAUUUCUCCUUCCAUUUGCGCUAUUGCUUGCGUCUCCGUGGUUGGUAGCACGCAACAGGUUGAUCAGCUCAGUGCCCACAUGGAUUAUGGAUGUGCCGGUUUACGAAACAACCUCAAAGAUAGAUAACUUUAUGUUUUAUUUGUUCUUUUUUGGCUUUGUCUCAUGCCUUACACUGUCUGCUGCUUUCCAUGCUACCAAAUGUCAUUCGCACAGAAUCAUGAAAUGGGGCUCCUCAUUGGAUUAUGUGGGGAUAAUUAGUCUGAUUGUAACAUCUAUGGUUGGCAUUAUUCACUACUCUCUUUACGACGACCGGACAGCAUAUUGGUUGUGUCUCCUGUUCGUUGGUAUUCAAGGAACGAUUUGCUUGGUGCUCACUCUCAAUCCACGCUUUAGAGAACCAGAAUGGAGAACUUUCCGAGCUACCAUGUUUAUCAUAUUCGGGGUUUCCAGCGUGGUCCCAAUCGGUUAUGGUUUAUGGAUGUAUGGUUUUGGGGAGGUUUGGAACCGCGCGGGGUUGGGAUUCGUUUUAUUAGAAGGCGUGGGAUAUAUUUCAGGUGCUAUUAUAUAUGCUAUGCGGACACCAGAGAGACAUUUUCCAGGCGCUUUCGAUUUGUGGGGAAACUCCCACCAGAUUUUCCACGUUCUUGUGGUAUUGAGUGCAUAUUCUCACUUCAAAGGGUUGACCGAAUCAUAUAAAUACUGUCACACUUCUGGAAUAAUCACUCAUUAAAACACUGCACCUCCGGAGAUGAACAGACGAUCUUGAUUUUUUUGGCACCACUUGAUUAUAUUUUUGCAUGAGCGUAAAAGCACUUUUUUGUCCAUAAUGCCUCCGUUUGUGAGUAAGUAAAGCUCAUAAUUGGUGGUGGUAAUCAAGAAACCGACUAAGUUAUCGUUGUGAUGUUUCCAUCUAACCAGAUUGAUAAAAUGGCUCUCAUCCAAAAAAUCCGAAUCCUGCUGCGAGCCUGUGAUUCGAGAAGCACCAGAAAAGCGCGAGUGUAAUUGCGCAUAGAGCAUCAUCAAUUGUCCCCUCAUAUUUUCGUCAGGCUCCCGCAGAUGUGCUAGUCUAGAAAACACAAACUGCGUAUGUUUUUUGCUUUUAAACACAAAAUGCUGAACUAAAGGCGCUGGUAUCUCCACUGGGUCCACCUUUCCUGAGCCUGCCCCCGUUUCCCCGUUAGCUCCUUGAGUGCCAACGACUGCUUUGAAAAGGUUUCUGUAUAUUGUUCUAUUGAGCUUCAGAGACUUGAUAAUGGAGGUCGCGAUCUUUCUCAUCUCGAAAAAACUGUCCUUGUAUGCGCUCACUAGUAUGACAGUAAUUUUGCUAGAGUCCGGAUUCCCGUCCUGUUGCAGCGCACUCAUGUUCAAAUCAUGUAGGUACAUUAAUUUCUCGUCUUUCAGAUCCACAAAUUGAAUAAAUGAGUAGAGAAAUCCGUUAGGGUUGAAUUUUGGGAAGCACACUGGAACCCAGAACUCUUCAUUAGAUGCAAGCUGUUGAAUUUCGUUUUCCUCAGGUGUCGAUCUGAACGUGUUCGUGUUGAAAAUCAUGGAAAAUAGCAAUUGUAGAUCCGAUGUAUGUAAAGUAUGUCGACGUGGACGUAACACAGUGAUCAGUCUUCCGCCAGGAGCCACCAGCAGUGCAUACAACAGGUUUUCUGACCUCUCGGCAAGCAACACAUUUUCGAUUCGUCUUCUCACGGAUUUGCGCAUUCUGAGGCAUUCUAAACCACCAAUGAUAAGCCCUGGGUUGUUGAAAUUCGCCAAAUCGUUGCAUAUCGAGUCCAAACAGGCUAUAUCGGCUUUUCCUAGCAGUUUUCGGAGGUCAAAAUUCUCUCUCUUUCGGAAUACUUUGUCUAUGUGAGGCUUGCUCAGGAUCGUGAGAAGAAAGUUGUAGAGAAAAUCCAGCUGCUGGUUCAUCUGUAGCUCAGUUUCAUCAAGAGACGAAAUGGCCAUCAGAAUGAUUGGCGCUUUGUUCAGGAAACAGAAGCGUGUUUUUUGCUCGCCGCCAGAUGUGAACGUGCGCAGCUGUUCCGUCUCGCCGUCCGGGUUAAACUCGAAAUACGAAACUAUAGUCUGAAUUAUGCCUGCGUGUACCGUGAGAAUCUCAUCGGAUCCGUGCAUCGAGUAGAUUGGCUUACCAGCGACCGAUAGAAUGAAAAAAUGCUUGUUUUGCACGAAGAAGGCAUUUUCGUUGUCGUUCAUGUCUGCCUUUUGCGGCCUGAAACCCAGGUCAAUUGUUGGCUGGCUCUCUGGAAGACUAUUAAACGCAGUCUCGCUGUCACUGAAUAUGGUCCCACUGAUGCUAGCCUCCAUGCUGGCCGCUAUACUGGCGUUGUCUGGCUGGGAACAGACGAACGUGACACCACUAGUGCUUUCUGGAGGACGCGCCAAAACCAAGGAAUUGGAUACGAGCG